CCCGUUUUAUACGCCUUUGACUACCUGAGCUGCUGCUUUACAGCUUGGAAUUAAUUGAUAUCCGACCACUACAAAUAAUCCAACUUUACGAACAAAAUGCCUCCCAAAGCUGCCGAGAAGAAGCCCAGCACUGGUGGCAAGGCCCCUGCUGGCAAGGCCCCCGCUGAGAAGAAGGAAGCUGGCAAGAAGACCGCAGCUGCUGCGUCGGGCGAGAAGAAGAAGCGCGGCAAGACCAGGAAGGAAACCUACUCUUCGUACAUCUACAAAGUUCUUAAGCAAGUCCACCCCGAUACUGGUAUCUCUACUCGUGCUAUGUCUAUCCUCAACUCCUUCGUCAACGACAUCUUCGAGCGUGUCGCAACUGAAGCUUCGAAACUUGCUGCCUACAACAAGAAGUCGACAAUCUCGUCGCGAGAGAUCCAGACAUCUGUGCGGCUCAUUUUGCCUGGUGAACUCGCCAAGCACGCCGUGUCGGAAGGCACCAAGGCAGUGACGAAGUACUCCUCUUCCGCCAAAUAGGCUAUUUUGUUUCUUGUUUUCUUUCGUUGGUUUUGCUUAUUUGUUAUGCUGCCUCUUCAUCUAUCAGGGUUUUGAGGCAGUGGGUUAAGGGUGUUCGCGGGAUUUUUUUUUAAUGUGUCAUGGGAUGGCUUUGCUAUAUCUGUUUUGUUCUCUUUUUUCCUGGGCCCAAUGUCUUUCAUGGUUGUUAUUUCAAGAUGUGAAUGCGGUGUAACAUAACUCGGAUCUGGGGUUGGUUGCGCGGUCUCACCCC